UUCCACCUUCCUCGUGUUCAUAUAAACCCUCCACUUGAUUCUGAUCCCUCCACCCUCACUCUCCAAGCAACCUCCCUCGCUCGCUAUACUGCCCACAGAUUUCAUUCUUCUUCUUGCUCAAGCUUGAUUCGUCCACUGCUUCAAAGUGAGCUGGCUCUGAAACUGAGCUGCCUUCGCCAUGCAGAAUGAUGGCACAGGAAGUGAGCUGAGGAGCACUCUAAUGGCCGAGCUAGCUCGGGCUCUGCAGCUAGUGAGUCAGCUGCAGUCCCAUCUGGAUCACCCUUCUGCCGCUGAGCUCUGUAAGUCUUUAGCGACCGAAAUACUCUCCUCCAUCGGGAAGUCGAUUCUCAUGGCGAAGUCCGGCGAUCCCGACGGCGAUCUGCAGGUCGGCAACAGCCCUCGCAGCGAGAACUCCAGCCCGGCGUUCAGGGACCCCGGUCGUAGGGACUUUAUGAAGAAAAAGAAGACGAUGCACAAGUUGACGAACCAAGUGAGGCUCAUCCCCGGAGUUGGAGGAGUCGAAGGCCCUGUGGAUGACGGCUAUAGCUGGAGAAAGUACGGACAGAAGGAUAUCCUGGGAGCCAAGCAUCCGAGAGCUUACUACAGGUGCACGCACCGCAGCUCCCAGGGAUGUCAGGCGACGAAGCAGGUACAGCGGUCGGGCGAGGAUCCCCUGGUGUUCGACGUCACCUACCUCGGGACGCAUACGUGCCUCCAAAGGCCACAGAGAGCCCCGACAUCGGCAUGCCUCGGACAUCAAUCAAGCUACACACUUGAGAUGGAAGGCGUACACUGUGAGGAGGAAGCUUGGGGACUGACCUCUCUUUCCUAUGGAUCCAUGGCGGUAAUGGGUGACACAGCAGCCGACCUCUUCUCCUCCCUUUCCUCGCCGCCUGCCUUCUCGUCACCGUACCAGAUCAGUAGCUUCGAUGGCGGCAUGAAGCUGCAGACUUCAGACUCCGACAUCGCCGAGAUGAUAUCCAGAGGCGAUUCAGCAAGCAAUUCGUCCCUGGUGGACAUGGCUUUCAUGCUCCCGGAGAUGGACUUCGCCCAGAACUUUCAGUUCGAUGCCCCCGGUUUUGAUUCGUGCAGCUUCUUCUCAUGAACAUCCAUCUCCUCAAGCUGGUGAUGUAGGUAGAAACAGAGGGAAUCACCAUGGUUGUUCUCUCCAUGAAUUCAAAGAUCAACUAAGAAUGCUUGCCGCAAUCAAUUAGUGUAAAGAAAAUAGAGUCAGGAACAGGGAAUUCUUACAAGAUAAAAAAGUAUGAUACAGAAAACAUCAAAAUUUAUCUUCCUAAAGUCGGAGAAGAGCGACUGGUUUGCCA